AGGCAGCCAGUCAGUAGUAGUGCAGCGUUGGUCCCGGUUAGAUCGUUCUGUUCGUUCCUACAGCGUUUACGCGCCGCCGUGCAUUGUUUCAUAUUGCUCCACAGAAGCUGAGCCACGUUCGUUGAAUUACCGCGCGCGUCGUUGCCGGAUACCGCAGCCAUCAACAGCAGCAGCAGCAACGAAAACAACAACAAUAUCAACUCGAGCAUCCACCGGAGCGUGUGAGCGCCGAUAGCGUUGGGUGAGAGAGGGAGAGAAAGUGAAACCGCGUUGUUCCGCCGCCUGGUCGCGUAUUCUGGUCUAGCGGGACGCGCGUCGCCUCCACCAACCGCCCGGGUCCUAGUGCUCGACUGUGUGUGCUUGUGGUGUGGAGAAGAACAAGAAGACAAGUGUGUGGGGUGUUGCGGGGUUUCUGCGGUGUGUAACCACACUGCUGCCACCACCCACCCGUUACCAGUGGUUCUCGUUCCCCCCCUUCACGGGGGAGACCUUUCCCGUUUCACCGCUGCUUUUAAUUCAUUCAAACCGGCGAACCGACGUCGCCGCCCCGCAAGGAUGUCACUCGUUUGAGCCGCCGAAAAUCCCACAUGGUGUGCUCAGUUUGCCGUGCGCUCUGUGGCGAGUGGGAUUAUAAAUAGUUUGACUAAUCAAGUUGUAGCGGCGGAGGUAUAGUGUGGAAUAAGAAUCCAUCGAACAGAGAAAGCACCGCAGCGUAUGUACCGCCUGGUCGAGCGUUGGUGUGCUUUUAUUUUUCUUAAACGAUUCGACGCGUGUUUGACAUUUUGGGUCACCAUCCGUCCGCCCGUUCUGUCGGUGUACGGGAUAUCUCGCUGGCGUCGUCAUGUCAUGAUGGCCGUCGCGGCUCAGUGAUUGUGCGGCAGAAUAUUUCCCGGGAAUUAAACGUUGAUUAAUGCGUUGAAAGCUAAGUGAACCGUUUAGGAGAAGUGGGUAGUGUUGUCUGCCUGGUAUAGUAGUGCCGAUGAUAGAAGAAGUGCACAGAAUCGGAAGAGUGUCGUUCAGAUUGAGUGACAAGAUUAUAAGAAGAACGUGAACCAGAUUGGAUUGGAUUACAUUCCGUCGGCAGUUGAACUUUCAAGAGAUUUUCAUUAUAUAGAAGUUCAAUUUCGGAAUUGAAUGCAGAACCGGAACAAAGGCAAACACCAUCCGAGGAUAAUAAACCAGACGCGGAAGUGUUCAGUGUAAUAAAUUUCCUCGAAGCCGAAGUAAGCGAAAGAAAAAGAAAAGUUGGAAAUAAUUUGUGGCUCUUUGUUCGGAGCGAAGAUACCGAGAGAAAAUAGAUCAUAAGAAGUGCUCUGUUCUGUUCAUUACCCGUCGGCGAUGUGCGUUCGUAACCAGUGAUCGUAAUCAAAGGCAAAAAUUCACGGUAAUGUGAGAGUGUCGGAAAAGAAGAGUGGAUAAUUGAACAAGCUGAAGUCAUCUUCCAGGAAGAAAUAACCACAUUCGGAGUGUUGAAAACAACAUCCACGAAAGGGAAAAACCCACAAUCGGAAUCGCGCUUUGAUUAAAUAUGCCGUUCUCGGCGUUGUUGGCAGCUGUCCACCAGAAAUCAAGCCGAAACCUCUGUGCCGUCGGCAGUCGCCAUCGCUGUCAGCGUUAGCUGCCCCCUCCCGUGCUCUAACCUAGUGGAUUACCAGUGCUUCAGUACCGCGAAUUAUUCGGUUAUUUAACGAGUCCCGUGCCACCGGUAGUGAAAGUGUUGGAAUCUCCAGUGCAAACAAUAGCAAACCGAAACACGACUCAGCUGUCUCUCAAGUCAGGCGAAAAUAUUCCCUCCAGUAAGCCCAAUAACAACAACAACAGCAACAACCAGCGCGAUGUAUCCCAAUUCAGGAAUCAACGCGGCCGCCGUCGCAGCCCGGCAUCCGGGCCCACCGCAGUCGGCGCAACCGUUCAAAUUCACCAUAACCGAAAACUGUGAUAGGAUAAAGGAGGAGUUCAACUUUCUACAGGCACAAUAUCACAACUUAAAGCUGGAAUGUGACAAAUUAGCUGCGGACAAAACGGAAAUGCAGCGGCACUAUGUGAUGUACUACGAGAUGUCCUACGGUCUAAAUGUGGAGAUGCACAAACAGUCGGAGAUCGCGAAAAGGUUAAAUGCAAUAAUCACCCAGAUUGUACCGUUCCUGUCGCAGGAACACCAGCAGCAGGUGCUGACCGCAGUCGAACGGGCGAAACAGAUCACCAUGUCCGAGUUGAACGCUGUGAUAGGGCAACAGCGACCGGAUCUGCCGCGGCUGCUGCAACAGAUGCACGCCUCCCAAAUCCCCGGAGCGCACGGAGCACCUCCCAUGCCCGUUGGGAUGCCCCACCCUAGUCUCGGCCCGGGUGCCCUCGGUGGCCCCCUUGGAGCCCUCGGCAGCACACCUCCCCAGCACUCUUUAGCCAUCCUCAACAAGCAGGAACUGCACCGGCCCGAGGAGUCCAAGAGCAGCAAUAGCAACAUCAUGCCCCUGGACGACCGGCAUCGAAGUUCCAUUUCACCCACCGACCGAGACAAGUACCGAACGCGGACGCCCGAGUCUUCCCACGAGCUGAAGAAGGUCAAGAAGGAGGAGAAGGACAUGGGUCAUUCCGAUGGAGAGAAGUCUGAUCAGGAUCUCGUUGUUGAUGACGCUUCGGAAAUUAACCCGAUGAGCCCGCUGCCCAACCAGCACCAUAACGGAACCGCUUCCCCUCGCGAAAAUGGUAUGAUGCCAAAAAAGUUAGACGUUCAAGACCGUGAACGCAUUGGAACCCACUCACCUCGAUCAGGAACUUCCUCCAACGCUUCCACCCCAUCCAACAAGAAAAUGGACGACAAACCAACGACGCCGAUUGCCAAACCUGCCACCCCGACCAACUCGGCCGCCAGCAAUGGCGUGCCCAAAGUCGUUAACAAACCGCCAGUAUUGAACCCAGGAUAUCCGCCGUACCUGGGUGGCCCCUUAAAUGGAGCGCCACAUGAACUGCAAGCUGCCUACGGAGGUCCUGGAGUACACAACAAUCUACCGCCCUCGUUGAACAACUACGCGCGGGCACCACUGGCCUUCGAUCCGCACCCGCAGAUGCGAGCCCCACUGGGGCCGAUCGGCAUUCCUGGAGGAAAACCUGCCUACUCGUUUCACGUGAACGCCGAGGGCCAAAUGCAACCGGUGCCCUUUCCGCAGGACGCCCUGGUAGGACCGGGGAUUCCGCGGCACGCCCGCCAAAUUAGCUCCCUCAACCACGGCGAAGUGGUAUGCGCCGUAACGAUCUCGAACCCCACCAAGUACGUCUACACGGGCGGCAAGGGUUGCGUCAAGGCGUGGGACAUCUCCCAGCCCAGCAACAAGAACCCCGUCUCGCAGUUGGACUGUUUGCAACGGGACAACUACAUCCGCUCGGUAAAGCUGCUGCCCGAUGGUCGGACACUGAUCGUCGGCGGUGAAGCCUCCAACCUCUCGAUCUGGGAUCUCGCUAGUCCAACACCGCGCAUCAAGGCCGAACUGACCUCGAAUGCGCCCGCCUGCUACGCGCUGGCCAUCUCGCCCGACUCGAAAGUGUGCUUCUCGUGCUGCUCCGACGGUAACAUUGCCGUGUGGGACCUGCAAAACCAGACCCUGCUGCGGCAGUUCCAAGGUCACACCGAUGGAGCGUCCUGCAUUGAUAUUAGCGCUGAUGGUACAAAACUGUGGACCGGUGGUUUGGACAACACCGUCCGGUCAUGGGAUCUGCGGGAAGGCAGACAACUGCAGCAGCAUGACUUUACCUCGCAGAUCUUCUCGCUGGGUUACUGUCCUACCGGAGAAUGGCUCGCCGUCGGUAUGGAGAACUCCAACGUCGAGGUGCUACACGCCACCAAACCGGACAAAUAUCAGCUCCACCUGCACGAGAGCUGUGUGCUAAGCUUGAAGUUCGCCGCCUGCGGCAAGUGGUUCGUGUCCACCGGCAAGGACAACCUACUGAAUGCGUGGAGGACGCCGUACGGUGCCUCAAUCUUCCAGUCAAAGGAAUCAUCCUCCGUAUUAAGCUGUGAUAUCUCGGCCGACGAUAAGUACAUCGUGACCGGAUCGGGAGACAAAAAGGCCACCGUGUACGAGGUCAUCUACUAGUGGUACUAGAUUGGUUCGCCCAGAGACCCCUCUCAAGACGAAUAGAAAUAAAAUCAAGGAAAAUACAAACACAUACACACCCACACACAGAGACGAGUAAGCAAUCAACACUGAAACAAAUCGAAACACCACUUGCGUUGGCUUGGACGCGUCGAAAGCUGGUGCACCAAAAGUGUCAUAUAAUUAGUUCGUUAGGCAGCGAAGAAGCGAAGCAAACCAGUUUAAGCAGGAAGCACUGACGAAAGAUUGAAAUAAAACCUGUAAAGCCUGAUUACACUCAUUAAGCUACACUCUAAGCUAUAAACGAAAACAGAAUCCAUUUAACGGUGUAAAAAGUACGUCUUGUAUAUCCACAAGCAAAAAAGUCCCAACCUGUAAAAAGCCUAAUAUCUUCCUAUAUAUAAGGGCGUAAAAACUAUACAAAUAAACUUAAACGGAUAGUAAAACAAAUAGAAAAAAGUGCUCUCAACAGUAACACACAAGAAAGAUGGACCCUUUAAUCUCCCCCCACACAAAAACACAAAGUGUCCCAUUAUUUCUACUGUAUUAUAAUAACCGUGACUCAAAAUGCGAAGAAGAUCUUUUGUUAGGUUCCGAAUUUUUUUCCACCGCUGUUCGUGGACAGAUCCAAUUAGAGGUAGUCGGAUCGAUUUCCGUUCCCGUUGUUUGGGGACGCGUAGGAAUUUGUUUCUUAGUUGGUAAUGUGUAGAAAGAGAGAGAGAGAGUAUUAGAAUAUUGUUUAUUUGUCCCACACGAAAUAGUAAUAUGGAAAAGCUUUACUUUCUGUUGAAUUCAUUCGUCGCGAAAUUUACUAUUUCCUAGGUGAAUUACGAAGCUUAGAGAUUCAGUAGAAUGCUUGUGUUAAUAAUAGUUUAUAGAGUGUUCUCCUCGCGAACGCGGAAUGGUAUGAUCUUUAUUUGUGGCAAAGAGAAAGUUUAAUUAAUGACUAGUGAAUAUUUGUAAUGGCAUCAGUAGAAGCAGCAGAUACAUACAAAUUAAGCAAAUGGACAACAGCUACUACCUACUCAUUGCGUAGUUGCUACGGAGUAUGUAAAGAUAACAAUAUGUAAUUAUUGUUUUUUUUUAUGGAAAAAAUAAUACUGAAAAUUGUUCUUAUUUUUCAAUCAAA